AUGGCCGAGCAUCAAAAGCCGGAGACCGGGGAGGAGGAGAACGGUUGGGGAGGUGACUUCAACCCUUUCGCUGAUCCUGAAGAGCGUAGGGUGCUAUUUGCUGCAUUCGACUCAUUCAGACAAUAUCGGCGAAAUGCGCAUAUGAAUACUACCCAUCGUCGACGGCAAGCUUUCUAUGCCCUGCCCUCGGCACACUGGCAGAUGCUCUCGGAGCCUCCGUUCUCCAUCCUUGAUAACUUCAAUAAAGUGGACGAUGCCAUUGAUACCAACGCCGAUAUCGCCGAUGCAAUUCUGGCGGUGGGUCUUCACUCAUUCGGUCUUUCAGCAAAUCCCGACAAAACGGACCCUACUCAAUAUUGGCAUGACGUAGCAACCUCAUCAGAUGUCAACAAAGCGCAUUCCACGAUACGCCAGUUCUAUCGGGACUGGAGCCUCGAAGGACGACCCGAGAGGGAAGUCUGCUAUGACCCCGUUCUUCAGGAUCUUCACGAGGAGUUCCAGACACGGCGUGAUAGCGGUGAGCAAAUCCGUGUUUUAGUCCCUGGCGCUGGCCUGGGCCGUCUAGUUUUUGAGAUCUGCAUGGCAGGCUAUGAUGCCGAGGGGAAUGAGAUCUCCUACCACCAGCUGCUAGCCAGUAGCUGGGUUCUGAACCAUACUAACGGGGCGGCAAAGCACGCGCUUCAUCCUUUUGCAUUGCAUUUUUCCAAUCUCCAAUCACGAGCACAGCAACUCCAGCAAGUUAUGAUCCCUGAGGUGCACCCCGGGUUCGCCAUGCAGGAGGCUGCCAGUGCUGGUCACCACUUAGGUACAAUGUCCAUGACCGCAGCGGAUUUUACCGUAUUGUAUACUCAGCCCGAGAGCCAUGAGAUGUUCGACGCAGUAACGACUGUUUUCUUCAUUGACACGGCGCCAAACCUCAUUCGGUACAUCGAGACGAUCCGACAUAGCCUCAAACCAAAUGGGCUCUGGAUCAACGUGGGCCCAUUAUUAUGGCAUUUCGAUGACGGCCACUCCCGUAGAGGAAGUGGCUCCGAAUACGAGGGGGCUGGAAUUGGCGAGCCGGGCAAUGUGGAGUUAUCCGAGGAAGAAGUGCUGAGCCUCGUGGAGCAUAUGGGCUUCCGCCUCGAGAAGCGUGGAGCUCGGAAGGCUUGCGGCUACAUCCAGGACCCUAACAGCAUGCUUCAGAAUCUUUAUCAACCCUCCCACUGGGUCGCGCGAAAACUGGCAGUUUAA